AUGGGAUGCUGUCAAACAUUUCGGAUUGUUGGAAUAAACAAAGAGGCUAUAGGUCCUCCUUUAAAGAGAAACAGUCUCAUUGCUGAUAAAAGUCGUGAAUCUAUUGAUUCAUGCGCUGGAGCCGAAGAUAUAAAUACAACAUACGAUAAAAGGCCUACAGUCCUGAGUUUCAGGGUCAGAAAAUCUUCACUAAUUAAAAAGCGAUCUGGGACUCUUUUAGAUGAAUUUAAAAUCUUACAGACUUUAGGCUCUGGAGGCUAUGGAACUGUAUAUAAAGCACAAGAUAAAUCCUCAGGGCUGCUAAGAGCUGUUAAAGCUAUUGAUAGAUCUAAAAUGAUCACAGAGCAUAUACUGACUGAAAUAGAGAAUUUAAUUAAUGUUGUAAGAAAAACAUAGGAUCACCCAAAUAUUGUAAGAAUUCUGGAAUUUAUAGAGGAAUCUGACACUUAUUACAUUAUUACUGAGCUUUGUACAGGAUCAAAUAUUAUUGAGAGAAUAACCAGCUCAGAAGAUUUUAGUGAAAACCAAGCUGCAAAAUAUAUGUUGCAAAUUUUUUCAGCUCUUUCCCAUUGUCAUAAACUUGGAAUUGCUCAUAGGGAUAUAAAACCAGAUAAUCUCCUUUUGGAGCAUCCUGGAGAAAAUUCUCUUGUGAAACUGAUUGAUUUUGGCCACUCAUCAAAAAUUAUUGAAAACCAAAAAUUCACUGAGCUCUUAGGAACUGUAAAAAUAAUUUAGCCUUAUUUUGUUGCGCCUGAAGUUUUGGACAAGAAUUAUAACGAAAAGUGCGACUUAUGAAGCUGCGGAGUUGUGCUUUUUAUCAUUCUUAUUGGGUAUCCUCCUUUUAAUGCAAGAGACAUAAAUGAACUGUUCAGAAGGAUAAGGAAAGGAAAGUUCAAAACAAACACAGAAGAAUGGAGAAGUAUCUCGACAGAAGCGCAAGAUCUUAUAUUACACUUACUAAAAUUAAAUGUCGAAGAGAGAUUUUCUGCGGAACAAGCAAUGAAUCAUAAAUGAAUCCAACAAAGGGCAUUUGGUGCUAUCAAAGAUAGGCCACUACACAUAAGCUGCUUAACAAGGCUGAAAUUUUUUCACGCAAAUGUCAAACUAAAGCAAGCAACAAUGGCAUUUAUGGCUACACAUUUGGCUGCUGGUGAAGAAACACAUCAAUUGGAAGAGGUUUUCAGGAACAUUGAUAAAAACGGAGACGGGAAGAUCAGCAUAGAAGAACUUGAAGCAGGGAUUUUAAAAGUGAAGCUUGGAGCAUCAUUAGAUGCUAAAGAAAUCAUGGAGAGGUGUGAUAUAGAUAAAAAUGGGUUUAUUGACUUUUCAGAAUUCAUUACAGCUGCAACAGAUUGAGAAAGAACUCUUUCGAUAUCUAAGCUUGAAAAAGCGUUUAAGGCUUACGAUAUUGACGGUAGCGGCUCUAUUUCUGCUUCCGAACUUCAAGCGUUUUUAUCGGCUGACCCUUCCAUAAACUUGUAUUAGAUGGGUUAUAUUGUAAGGGUCUUGAAAAUUAUUUCAGCCCUUCGCCAUCUUAGGACUCUCUUAGCCUUGGCAAUGAUCAAAGCACGAGAGAUAUCCCAAUACCUUCUUUGACUACCUUGCCUUUAUCAGACGGAUGAUUGGCUCUCAGAAGUAUGAGCUAGCUUUGCGCUUAAAUUUAUCGUCUGAAGGACAAGGUAAAAAGUUCGUCACGGAGUCAUUAUUUGGCAAAACCCCAUCCAGGACUUUCUUACCUGAGGCUGGGAUUUUUCACCAAUAACUUUGGAUCUAAACUCAGCCAUCUCUUUAAAUAAUCCAUAAACUUAGAAGAAUGCCAAAAAAUUUUAAGUGAAGCUGACAUUAAUGGGGAUGGUGUAAUAGAUUUCACAGAGUUCAUAUAGAAAAUUCCUUUAAUGGCCCUAUCAGUGGGUGAAUUGUCCGCUGAGUUCACAAUUUGGUCCGACCAAAACUAAUAAUUUUGGUCGACCAAAUUGUAAUUGUAGUGGGCAAUUCACCCACUUAUAGGCCUAUUAAAGGGAAUUACAUAUAUCUAUUAUGCGAAACAAAGCAUUUUAA